AUGGGGUCUAAAACACCCGAGAACGAAGGUCGAAACGGCAGAGCAGAUGAGCCGUCGAGCUCAGCUAAUGCCAAUGCCACCGGCGGCGAGCCACGAGGAGCACACCUUGCUCGCGACGGUGAUGGCAUACUCGGCGACGAAUCAUCUGAAGACGGCGACGGCGAUGCCGAGGGUCAAGACUCCAGUCAUGCCGCCGUAAUGACCUGCUCGAUGGGAGGUCAUCUUUCAGCCGAAAGAGGGGCCUCCAAGAAGAAGAACAAAAAGCGGAAGAAGGCGAAAAAGAAAGCUACGGGUCUCACUCAAACGUCGCCUCCACGGGUACCCGUGGCGGAACUGUUUCCCUCAGGUCGCUAUCCAACAGGGGAGUUCCAGGAGCAUCCAGUCGUGGAGAACACUGCCCGAAUCACCUCUGAGGAACAUCGCCACAAAGCGAGAACCCAUCUUGAAGACGACAGCUUUCUGAAUGAUUAUCGAAAAGCUGCCGAGGUCCACCGACAGGUUCGUCGAUGGACUCAGGAAACUGCUCGUCCUGGGAAAACCCUCACCGAGAUAGCUGAAGGGAUUGACAACGGCGUGAGAGCUCUUCUUGACAAUAACGGAGUUGAAUCAGGUGCUGGUCUUGUCUCUGGUCUCGGGUUCCCAACAGGCCUGGCUCUCAAUCACUGUGUCGCGCACUACACUCCAAACCCAGGACAAAAAGAGGUUGCCUUGCAGUCAAGCGAUGUCAUGAAAGUUGAUUUUGGAGUUCAUAUCAACGGCUGGAUUGUCGAUAGCGCUUUUACUAUGUCAUUUGAUCCCACCUAUGAUAACCUGCUUGCUGCUGUCAAAGACGCGACAAACACUGGUAUCAAAAAUGCCGGGAUUGAUGUUCGCAUCAGCGAUGUCAGUGCUGCUAUCCAGGAGGCCAUGGAAAGCUACGAGGUUGAAAUCAAUGGUAAAACCUACCCUGUGAAGCCUGUACGCAAUCUUUCAGGGCACAACAUCAAGCAGUAUCAAAUCCACGGCGGCAAGUCCAUUCCUUUUGUCAAGACCAGAGACCAGACCAAGAUGGAGGAAGGGGAGAUUUUCGCGUGUGAGACAUUCGGCUCCACGGGCAGAGGUUCAAUUAUUGACGGUGUAAGCUCCCCCCGAUUCUAUGAAGAUACCCAGGUCUUCCCCUUCCUUAGCUCACGCAGUGUUCAGCCCGGCGUCUAUGGCUACGGCAAGGAUCUUCAUGCGCCUAAGAAGAUUACAGCGCCUCUUGCUUCCGCGCGAUCUCUGUACCAGACCAUCAAUGAAAAUUUCGGCACCCUUGUGUUCUGCCGACGAUACCUCGAGCGCUUGGGUGUUGAUCGUUACCUCGCAGGCAUGAACUAUCUCAUCUCCCAGGGCGUGGUUGAAAUGUACCCGCCCUUGAUGGAUGUCGCGGGAUCAUACUCCGCUCAGUUCGAACACACCUUCCUCGUCCGCGAAUCUGGUAAGGAAAUCAUCAGUCGCGGGGACGACUACUGA